AUGGGCUUCUUCUUCUCCUCAGCCGGAGGCGCAGGUGGGCUGUCCAAAUCUGGAGUGGGAGCAGAUGCCGGAGACUUGUGCUUAGUGGGAGUUGCAGCUGAUGGUGAAGUAGUGGGUGUUUGUUUCCUCAAAUGGGUUGGCUUCAAUUUUGUCUGGUUGAAUCUUUAUGAAGCAGAGCAAGUUGGUGCAUUUGCUCUGAAGCUGAUGAAAAGUACAAGAAGAAGACGAAGUAGUAGUGGUAGUAUGAGAAGCUUGAAUUAUGCUCAGGGUCCACUGGACGAUGGAGAAGAACUGAAGACCCAUGAGAAGUUUUGUGAACCAAGUCUGAAGAACUCAGCUGAUAACUUAUUGGUCUCUCGUCGUCACUACCUACCUACCUGUCAACUUUCCACUCAAACCCGAUCAAACUUCUCCCCUUCCCUCAACUCAAAUCCCAUUGCUGAUCACAAAACGCACAACAUGGCAUCCGAUUCUUAUUACAGCACCUUCUUCUCAUGGCAGUUUCAAGCCCUUUACACAAAUAUUGACCAAACAUGGCUGGCCUUUGCCGUCUCCGCUGUCGCCGUCGCCUUUGAAGAGAACGACAAUCAAGCCAAGAAUCCCACUAUCUCAAUUCCUAUGGCCAUCGACGAAGGCUCGCCUAUCCCUUCUUCUGUCAAUUCUCAAACCUCUUCCCAAAUUUCUCAAACCUCUCAAAAUUCUAUCCUUUCCAUGUCAGCCGCAAUUCCAACCUCCUUCAAUAUCUCCCACAUAUUCAAUACACCUAUGGAUCGUAACAAUUUCCUCUCUUGGAGAUCGCAAUUUCUUGAUGUCCUGGAAAUCCAUGACUUGGAGGAUGUCGUGAAGAAUGAAAAUCGCCCUGCUAAAAGGCUUGAGGAUGGCUCAAUCAACCCCACCUAUGCCAAGGACAAAUUAGUUCUCAGCUGGAUAAAAGCUACCGCAUCUCCCUCUAUCAAAACCCUCCUAAUCUCUUGCACUUCAGCAUACGAAGCUUGGACCCUCCUUGAAAAGAGACUCUCACCACUGUCCAAAACUCACUUACGCACACUCCGUGAUCAAAUUCGUAGCCUAAAGAAAGAACCAGAAAAAGCAAUGACAGAAUAUCUCCUGGAUGCCAAAUCUCUUUAUGAUCAACUUGCUAUUGCCGGGUCGAUGAUGACAGAAGGAGAACUCAUCGAAUUUAUUCUCGAUGGCUUGGGGCACGAAUACAAGGAGUUUACAACUUCAUUGCAUCUCCGUUCGUCCUUCACUUUCGACGAGUUCUAUGAUCUCCUCAUCCAAGAAGAACACCUGAUCAAAAGGAUGUCAUCUCUCUCUAUUUCUACAGGAACAGCUCUUGUCGCUGAUCGGACCUCAAAUAAUCAGCAGAACCACUCAAAUCCUCGACCUUACACCGACAACAACAACAGGCACAACCGUGGAAAGGGACGUGGUCGUGGUCGCGACUGGAACUCAGGUCGUGACAAUAGUUAUCGCAACGGCGACCGUAAUUGGACCUCUAGUAAUCGGCAAGGCAAGUGGGCUCAGUCUUCUAAUAAUAAUCAUCGUGGGUUUUCAGAACAUCCAUCCUCAGAUAAUCGGCCUCCCCUCCUUCCAACGCCGUCUCCUCAACAGCACCACCAAUUCUUAGUUAUUUGUCAACAAUGUAACAAACCUGGGCACACGUCUCGGGUUUGUCCCGAACGCGGAAAUUUUGCUUACGUUGCUGAAGCCAAUGAAAGCACCUCCUCCGUGUCUGGACCAGUCAGCAAAAAUUGGGUUGUCGAUUUAGGAGCAACCCAUCAUAUGACAUCGGAUCCUUCCUUGCUUUCCCAUGUCCAACCAUACACAGGUAACGACUCAAUUAUCGUAGGAAAUGGUAACCAGUUGCCUAUCUCCCAUAUUGGUAAAACCACUUUAUCAUGUUCCCAUGGCUCUCUAGUGCUGCAUGAUGUCUUGUAUGUUCCUGCCAUCACAAAGAAUCUUUUAUCUAUAAGACGUUUUUCACGUGACAAUAACUGUUACUUUGAGAUGGAUUAUAAUGGUUUUCGUGUGAAGGACAACAAGACGGGGAAAAUUUUACUUAUUGGGAGUAGCCAUGGAGAUCUCUACUACAUCCGUGCAGACCCGCAAGUUAGGAGCAAGCUCGUGUUCUAUGGAGAAAGAACAACCCAGGACGUGUGGCACACCCGACUUGGACAUCCCUCCUCUGAUAUUCUGCGAGUGUUGGUGAAUAAAUACCACUUACCCAUUAGUGGUACUAUGGCCUUUAAUAAAAGUUGUCAUAUUUGUCCACUAGGCAAGGCCUGUAGACUCCCUUUUUCUUACCGUACUUCUAAUACACAAAAUCCUCUUGAGUUGUUGCAUCUUGAUAUAUGGGGACCAUCUCCUAUGUUAUCAAACUAUGGCUAUAAAUUCUAUUUGUCAAUUGUGGAUGAUUAUUCUCGCUUUGUGUGGUUAUUUCCAUUGGCAAGAAAAUCAGAUGUGAUGUCUACCUUCAUUACUUUCAAAAAGAUGGCAGAAAAUCGAUUUACCAAGACAAUUAAAAUGUUGCAAACUGAUGGUGGUGGUGAGUUUACUAGCCGUGUUUUUGUCAACUUUCUUCGUGAUAACGGUAUAUCCCAACAGGUGUCAUGUCCCUACACGCCACAACAAAAUGGCACCGUCGAAAGGAAGCAUCGACAUAUAGUUGAGAUGGGACUUUGCUUACUUGCUCAAUCACACUUGCCAUCUAAUUUUUGGGUUGAGGCAUUCACUACAGCAGUGUUUCUCAUAAACCGUUUGCCCAUGACUCACCUUGGUAAUAUAUCCCCAUAUGAAAAAUUAUUUCACCAAUCCCCAGAUUACAGGUUUCUUAAAGCAUUUGGCUGCACAUGCUUUCCUCACAUGGUACCAUAUAAUAAGCACAAGCUCAUGCCUAAAUCCAUAAAGUGCAUAUUCAUUGGUUAUGACAACAAAUACAAGGGAUAUCGAUGCUUAGAUGUGGCCUCAGGUAAAAUCUAUAUUUCUCGUAAUGUUCAAUUUGAUGAACUUACUUUCCCUUAUCAGGAGCUUAAAUCAAAGGUGUCACCAAGUGGGCAGUCACUGCAAUCCAUUCCAUUGGAGUUCUCUAUCCUUUCACAGCAAAGAAAUAUUCCAGACAAGCCAUCUCCUUUAAAUGAUGUAACUCCAGCAGCUGAUUUUGGCACUCCAAGUGUACACACCAGCAACCUUAGAGAGCCCAUUCAGCAAGAGCGUGAUCAAGCACCUCUCUUGCCAAUGCCAGCCCACACAGAUGGCCCAAUUGAUUCAAUUCAGCCCAGUGACAGUGUCUCUCAUAUUCCUGAUCCUCUCAGCAGUCCUCUUAUUUCACGUGCCAACAGUCCUGAUGCCACUCCAAUAUCUCCAUCUACCCCCCAAUCUUCACCAAUGCCACCCAAAUUUAGGAGCCUUGAUGAACUCAACAGACUUAUCCACGGUCCACCUUCGCAUCCACUUCCGCAAGGAUUAACAGCAAGUCUUAAAGAUCCUUUAUCACUGGAACCUUCCAGCUACACUCAGGCCUCCAAGUUUCCUCAUUGGCAAGAAGCCAUGACAGAAGAAUAUGAUGCCCUUAUGCGUAAUCAGACUUGGUCCCUAGUUCCUAUCUCCCCAAAUAUGAAUAUUGUGGGAUGUAAGUGGGUCUUUCGCGUCAAACGUAAGGCCGAUGGCACCAUUGAGAGACAUAAAGCCCGUCUUGUGGCCAAGGGAUAUAAUCAAAAGGAAGGAUUUGACUACUACGAGACCUUUAGUCCUGUUGUUAAACCUGCCACUAUACGCACUAUUUUGGCCUUGGCGGUUUCACAAAAUUGGAUCUUACAGCAACUUGACGUACGCAAUGCUUUCCUCAAUGGUAUUUUACAAGAAGAAGUCUACAUGGUGCAACCCCCUGGCUUUGUCGAUCCUCUUCACCCUAAGCACGUAUGCCGACUUCACAAGGCACUUUAUGGACUCAAGCAAGCCCCCCGAGCUUGGUUUCAGCGCCUUACUUCCUUUUUACUUGGUCAAGGCUUCCUUCAUAGCAAGUCUGAUGCAUCUUUAUUCAUCCAUCACUCCUCCACUUUUUCCAUUUAUGUGCUAGUAUAUGUUGAUGAUCUUAUUGUCACAGGCCAAAAUGCUUCUGUCAUCAACACAUUCAUUGACAAAUUAUGCUCCACAUUUGCAAGUCGAAAAUUGGGUGCUCUCCAUUUCUUCCUUGGCAUGGAAGUCACUCGAUGUGCCAAUCAGUUGUCCUUGUCUCAAGCCAGAUAUGCUUCAGAUUUAUUAAAGAAGUUUAAAAUGGACCUCUGCAAACCUUGCCCUACACCUUUGCUUUCCUCUCAACGACUCUCUGCUCAUGAUGGUGAUUCCCUUUCAGACCCUGAAACCUAUCGUAGCAUGGUUGGAGGACUUCAAUAUCUCACUUUAUCUCGCCCAGACAUUGCAUAUGCCGUCAACCAAGUCUGUCAAUACAUGCACAAUCCCAAGACUACUCAUCUACAAGCCGUCAAACGCAUUUAUCGUUACAUAAAAGGGACUAUUGAACAUGGCCUUAUUUAUCGCUCUUCCCCUGAUUACACAUUACGCGCCUUCUCUGAUGCAGAUUGGGCCGGCUCUCUUGACGACCGUCGUUCAACUAGUGGGGCAUGCAUCUUUCUUGGUCCCAACAUUCUCACCUGGACCGCCAAAAAGCAAUCCACCGUUUCUAGGUCCAGCUCAGAAGCCGAGUAUAGAGCCCUUGCUACAACAGUUGCUGAACUUCAAUGGUUUCGUUAUCUUUUCCGUGAACUUGGGGUUCCGCUUCGCACUCCACCAUGCGUCUUUGUCGACAAUAUUUCUGCCCUUCACAUGGCCGCAAAUCCCGUCUUCCAUGCUCGCACGCGUCAUAUUGAAAUUGAUUAUCAUUUUGUUCGUGAACUACUGGCACGUGGAGUUCUUCGCACACGCCAUGUCUCUUCCCAACAUCAAUUAGCCGACAUUUUUACCAAAAGUCUCUCCAGAGAACGGUUCUCCUUCCUUUCUGGCAAGCUCAAUCUCCACUUGGUUCCGUUUCGCUUGAGGGGGGGGUGA